AUGCCAAGCAAAUCAAAGAGCCCACGCACCGGCAAUUGCCCUGAAACCCUAGAAGUCCCACCAUUUCCCUUCCACACCAUCUCGUAUGACUUCAUCACAGGAUUCCCAAAGUCAAAUGGGUACGACGCAAUCUUGGUAGUCAUUGACUCCUUUUCCAAAUUUGGACACUUCAUCCCUACCACGAAGAAAGUCACAGCUAAGGGUCUGGCAGACCUGUUUGUCACGCAUGUCUGGAAGCUUCAUGGAUUGCCAAUCAAGACAGUCUCGGACCGCGGAACCACCUUCACUGGGAAAUUCCUGAGAGCCCUCUACCAACGCCUCGGGAUCAAACCCGCUUUCUCCUCGGCCUACCAUCCAGAAUCAGAUGGACAAACGGAAAGGGUGAAUCAAUUCAUUGAGUUCUACCUCAGAUCUUACGUCACAGCGGACCACUCGGACUGGGCUACAUGGCUACCAUUAGCGGAAUAUGCCUACAACAACGCUAGACAUUCCGCCACCGGAAAACCCCUUUGA